UCCUCCGCCCCAGCUUCCGCGUCGCAGCUCCGGGAGCAGGAGCGCGAGCGGUGCCGGAGUCCUGUCCCUCUGCGGGGCGGGAGCCAGAGCUGGGGGUCGGGGUCAGACCGGGAGCCUGGGGUGAAGCGGCGGGCGCUGACUGCCUGCGAGAUGGACGGGACAGAAGGCAAUGCUGGGCAACCGGGCCCCGCUGAGCGUUCCCAUCGAAGCAGCGUGUCCUCCGUGGGAGCUCGAGUGGCCGACGUGCUGGUAUACCUGGCGGAUGACACAGUGCUGCCCCUAGCCGUGGAGAACCUGCCGUCGCUCAGUGCCCAUGAGCUGCACCGGGCUGUCCGUGAGGUCCUGCAGCUCCCAGACAUCGCCCUGGAUGCCUUCGCACUCUGGCUUGUGUCCCCUCUGCUGGAGGUGCAGCUGAAGCCCAAGCACCAGCCCUACAAGCUGGGCCGCCAGUGGCCCGAACUGCUGCUGCGUUUCACUGACGCCUCCGACGACGACGUGGCCGUGGAUGAGCCUUCCCUGCAGUUCCGAAGGAACGUGUUUUUCCCAAAGCGGCGGGAGCUCCAGAUCCAUGACGAGGAGGUCCUGCGGCUGCUCUAUGAGGAGGCCAAAGGCAACGUGCUGGCCGCACGGUACCCGUGCGACGUGGAGGACUGUGAGGCCCUGGGCGCCCUGGUGUGCCGUGUGCAGCUCGGGCCCUACCAGCCAGGCCAACCCACUGCCUGCGCCCUGAGGGAGAAGCUGGACUCCUUCCUCCCCGCCCACCUCUGCAAGCGGGGCCAGGGGCUCUUUGCUGCCUUCCGGGGCCGAGGGGCCAAGGCGGCGACAGGCGAGCAGGGCCUGCUGAACGCCUACUGCCGAGUGAAGGAGGCGGUCGGCGCUGACGGCGAGCGUGGGGCCUCCCUGAGCCCCCACUACCGCGCCUACCUCCUCAAGAGCCACGAGCUGCCAUUUUACGGGUGUGCCUUCUUCCACGGCGAGGUUGACAAGCCAGCCCAGGGCUUUUUGCACCGGGGUGGGCGGAAGCCAGUGGCUGUGGCCAUCAGUCUGGAGGGCGUGCACGUCAUUGACAGCAGGGAGAAGCACGUCCUGCUGGGCCUGCGCUUCCAGGAGCUGUCGUGGGACCACACCUCCCCCGAGGAGGAGGAGUCUGUCCUGUGGCUAGAGUUCGAUGGGGACAACGAGGGCACACCGGUCAACAGGCUCCUCAAGAUCUACUCCAAGCAGCCCCGGGCCCUCUGUCCCCACUGGCUGCCCACCUGUUCUCCAGCCCACUGCCCGCCCUUCUUGUGCAGUCUCUCGGCUGAGCUGAUGAGCGGCCUCAUUGAGUACUGCAUUGAGCUGAACCAGACUUCAGAGCCUGCCGCCCCCCAGGAGAAUGUGCCCGGCCCCGCCGCCGGCUCCCCACUGCCUCCUGCUCAGCGCCCACCGCUGCGGAGACAGGGCAGCGUGAUGUGCAGCCGCCUCCAGCAUCUCUCCACCAUCGACUACGUGGAGGAAGGUCAGCAGAUCAAGCGGGUGAAGCCAAAGCGCACCGCGUCCUUCUUCAGCCGGCAGCUCUCCACGGGCCAGGGGAGCUACACCGCGGUGCAGCCCACCGACAGCCUGGAGCAGGGCUGAGGGCAGCGGCGCCGGGCGGGGGGAAGGCACAGGGGGAGGCUCCCCUGGACCUGGCCCCGCAUUCUUCUCCCAGAGGGGCAGGACCAGGCUGCGGCUCUGGUGUUGGGCAGGAGGGCUGCCUCGAGAGGCUACAAGUGGCUUCUGGGCCUGUGAUGGCACACGGGCCGCGCAGGGCUGGCAGGGUCCUUCUUGCAGCCUGCCUGCCCUUCCCCAGGACUCAGCCCCACGGCUGUCUCAGGACCAUCUGAGGAGGCUCUGGCCACCUCCUCCCAGCCAGGGACUUGCCCUUGUGCCCCUCUCAAGAUGGACAGUGUCCCCUGCUCUGACGUCCUCGGUGGCAGCGCUGACGGCAGGGGGCCAAUGAAUAGGGUUUGGGACCUGUAGGUCCAGUGUGUGUCUUUGGUCUUUUCCCCGGACUUUGGUGACCACAUCCCCGUGUUGCUUCUGCCGCAUUCCACGCACGCUGCCAGUCUGGGCACGGCCCUGUGGGGUGGGAAGGAGGCCUCCCUGGAUUGACCCACCACAGAUACAGACAGGGUGAAAACACCCCCCCACCCCACCCCACCCCGCUCAUCCCCUCUCUGGUUGGAUGGAACUGGAGGGAGCCAGGCAGGGCCUGGCUCGGGGAGCACUCUGUGCCCCUCCCUUGGGCCUCGUAGGCAGGACACAUUCUGACCGGAAGGAAAGUGCCUUUUUGCCAGCCUUUGGGGACAACACUGUGCCGGGAGGUGGCUGUCCUGUCCUGUGGACCAACACGCCCACCAGACCCACACUCCACACUCGGAGAGGCUCCAAAACCAGCCCGGGCUUCAGGUUUUCGUUCUGCUCUUUUUUCAUCUGCUUCGGUUCCACAAAGCCUGGGAACUCUGGGGUAACUUGAGGACGAUGCCCCCACCCGCCUCAGGGCUGCCGGCUCUCCCUCAAGAUGGCACUGUGGUGUCCGUCUGCCCGACCCCGGCAUGUUCCCUGCGAGCUGGUCUCUCCUUCCAGGGACAUUGUAGGGAGGCCGGAUCUGGUGCUGGGCAUGGUUUUUCCCCUGCUUCACCCUCCUGGCUUCUCCCCGAGGAGCCAGCCUGGAGGAGGGCCUUCCCAGCCCCGCUUCCUCCAAGGUGGGUCUGUGGCCCUCACUCGCUUCCGGAGACCUUGCACAGGGCACCGGGCGCUGCCUUGUCCCCCUUCCCCUGGAGAGCCUUGGCAGAGGAAGUGCAAACUGGCCCCCAGGGUCAGAGCCUGCUCCCUCCUCUUCCUUUUGGUGACUUUUGAGCUUUCCCAAUGUUCCGAGGUGGGCUUGCCUCCCCGCAGUAGGGACUCUGUUGUUUGUUACCAUAAAUAGUGUCCCCAGCCUUUUGGAAUGCCCCCCCAGGCCAUCUUGUCUCCCCUCCUGGAGUCACUGGACUGGACCGGCCGCCCAGCCUGCCUGGCACCCAGCCCCCGGGUUCUCUCCUCCCACUCACUGUUUUGACCCAGGUGAAUGUUUAUCUGCUGGGUUGAGGGCUGGGGGGGCGGGCGUGGACGCACAUUACUUGUUUUUACUCUUCAGUCUCUCCGCUGUUCUCUGAGCAUCCCUUGUGUGUCUUGACCUUUUCUGCCUGCCCUUUGGGACAAAGCAGUAUUUUACCAAGUGCCCUUUGAAUAUUCUCAUUCUUUUGUAUCACAUGACUUCUUAAUAAUAAAAUAAAUUUCCAGCAAA